AUGCUGGGAACACGAGUCGUCAUCCCGGCAAAGCUGCAGAGGGUAGUUCUGGACGAAUUACACGAGGGUCACCCAGGUAUAGUUCGCAGCAAGGCGCUAGCGCGUAGUUACGUCUGGUGGCCGUCCAUCGAUGGGGACCUUGAGCGUAUGGUGAAAUCAUGUGCACAUUGCCAAGAACAGCGCAGUGCCCCUUGCAAAGCUCCGUUGCACCCGUGGUCCUGGCCCUCAGUGCCGUGGCAACGCAUACAUAUAGAUUUUGCAGGGCCAUUUCAACAGUCAAUGUUUCUUAUAGUGGUCGAUGCUCACUCGAAGUGGCCAGAAGUAUUCCUGAUGCGUUCAACUACUACAGAUGCCACGAUUGAGUGCUUGAGAGAUGUUUUCGCUCGUUUUGGGUUCCCUGAGACGAUUGUUUCAGAUAACGGCCCACAGUUCACGUCACAGGAGUUCAAGCAGUUCGUAAGGGAGAUGGGUUGCCGACACGUGCAAACAGCCCCCUACAAUCCCAGUGCCAAUGGACUCGCGGAGCGUUUCGUCCAAACCCUGAAGAACGCGCUAAAGAAGGAUGACGCACGACAACCAAUGAAGGUAAAGCUCAACAAGUUCCUGCUCGCUUAUCGCAACACGCCCCAUGUUACAACGCACGAGGCACCAGCUAACUUGUUGUUGGGGCGACGUUUGCGCACCCGCCUGGAUGUGCUCAAACCCGCCGUGGGGGAAAGGGUGGCGUACGAACAGUUCAAACAAACGGUGAACAGACGGUGUCGUGUGCGCGAAGUGAGUGUUGGUGACCAUGUUCUUGCACGCAAUUACAGGGGACAGCCCAAACGGAUGCCUGCUGUGGUGACUGCUCAAAGUGGACCAGUGUCUUUCAGGGUACGAGCAUCGACACCUUCGGGAUUCUUCGAGUGGCGGCGCCACGAGAACCAGCUACUUCAAGGCACGGCAGGGCUUGCCGAAAACGCCGCGCAAGACGACGGUUUCUCCGUGUGGCCACAGAGCAACACCGAGCCGGAGCCAGCACCUUCAUUGCCUGCAGCUAGUGUUUCGCUUUCACGAACGACGUCGGUGACGGACACUUCUCGAGGCGACCAGGAUCGCCGCUACACAUUAAGGAAUCGCCGACCACCGGAUCGUUUCUGA